GCACUGUCCUUCCUCUGUAGGCUUGUUGUUUGCAAGUACCCUUUGCAUGUAGCUAGCUAGCCUGUUAGUUGGAGAAACCAUUCAGAUUGACGUAUAAUUCGACAUUUCGAGCAACGGAUAUCUGUUGCCUCCUUCCAUCUCUAGCUGAUACACUGACUGCCGACCAUGGUUAGCAAGACGGAUGACAUCCCGGCGUCAGUUCCGAGUUGUAAUCCCGUCGAUUUUGCGAAUGAAGGGGAUGGUGCACAGGACAGUAAAGAAACCACCAAGCCUCCGCUGAAGGAUUCCUGCGCUUGCGGGCACAGUGCAGACACAGCGGUGAUGAAUGGUGGUGGUUUGCAUGAGCAUGCAGAGGAGGCGAAAUCCAAGCAGGAUGGGAGUGGUGAGGUGGAUGGAGGGGAGGAGUCUAACGAACACGAAGUGAUAGUGAUCCAGGACACAGGCUUCACUGUGAAGAUCCAGGUCCCUGGCACAGAGCCAUUUGAUCUUCAGGUGUCUCCGCAGGAGAUGGUGCAGGAGAUCCAUCAGGUGUUGAUGGACCGCGAGGACACCUGUCACCGAACGUGCUUCUCUCUGCAGCUGGACGGCAACGUUCUGGACAACUUUGCUGAGCUCAAGUCCAUUGAGGGAUUGCAGGAAGGCUCGCUGCUCAAAGUGGUGGAAGAACCUUACACAGUGCGUGAGGCACGCAUCCAUGUACGCCACAUCAGAGACCUGCUGAAAAGCCUGGACCCCUCUGAUGCCUACAAUGGUGUGGACUGCAACUCCCUCUCUUUCCUGAGCAUCUUCACUGAUGGAGACCUAGGAGAUAGUGGUAAGCGAAAGAAAAAGGGCAAUGAGUUGGAGCAGAUAGAUUGCACCCCUCCAGAGCACAUCCUCCCUGGCAGCAAAGAGCGCCCUCUGGUGCCCCUCCAGCCACAGAACAAGGACUGGAAGCCCAUGCAGUGCCUGAAGGUCCUGACCAUGAGUGGGUGGAACCCUCCACCAGGGAACAGGAAGAUGCACGGAGACCUCAUGUACCUUUAUAUGGUGACUGUGGAGGAGCGCCAUGUCAGCGUCACUGCCUCUACCCGUGGUUUCUACCUCAACCAAUCUACAACCUACACCUUUAACCCCAAGCCAGCUAACCCUAGUUUCCUGAGUCAUUCUCUGGUGGAGCUGCUGAGUCAGAUCAGCCCUGCCUUCAAGAAGAACUUCACUGCACUGCAGAAGAGAAGGGUCCAGAGACACCCAUUUGAGAGAAUAGCAACUCCCUUCCAGGUAUACAGCUGGACAGCCCCACAGGUAGACCAUGCUAUGGAUUGCGUCAGAGCAGAGGAUGCCUACACUUCUCGCCUGGGGUACGAAGAACACAUUCCUGGACAGACUAGAGAUUGGAAUGAGGAGCUCCAGACCACCAGAGAGCUGACCCGAAAGAAUCUACCGGAACGACUGCUGAGAGAGAGGGCCAUAUUCAAGGUCCACAGUGACUUUGCAGCAGCUGCCACCCGGGGUGCAAUGGCAGUAAUUGAUGGUAACGUGAUGGCCAUCAACCCAGGUGAGGAAACACGCAUGCAGAUGUUUAUCUGGAACAACAUCUUCUUCAGCCUUGGCUUCGAUGUGCGUGACCACUAUCGGGAGCUGGGCGGGGACGCUGCUGCCCAUGCAGCACCCACCAAUGACUUGAAUGGUGUGCGGGCUUACGGGGCCGCGGAUGUGGAGGGGCUGUACACUCUCGGGACUGUGGUGGUCGACUACAGGGGCUACCGUGUCACUGCCCAGUCCAUUAUCCCAGGCAUCCUGGAGCGCGAACAGGAGCAGAGUGUCAUCUAUGGCUCCAUAGACUUUGGCAAGACUGUUGUGUCCCACAGCAAGUACCUUGAGCUGCUGGAGAAGACCAGUAGGCCACUCAAGGUCCAGAGGCAUGGUGUGCUGAAUGAGAAAAAUGAGACCGUGGAUUUGUGCUCCUCAGUGGAGUGCAAGGGCAUCAUAGGAAAUGAUGGGCGCCACUACAUCCUGGACCUUCUUCGAACCUUCCCCCCUGACCUCAACUUCCUGCCCGUGGAAGGGGAGGACUUGCCCCCAGAGAGCCAGAGACAUGGUUUCCCUCGCCAGCACCUCCACCGCCUCGCCUGUCUACGCCAAGAACUUAUCGAGGCCUUUGUUGAGCACAGAUAUCUCCUUUUCAUGAAGAUGGCAGCAUUACAGCUUAUGCAGCAGAAGGCUAACAAAGACAACAAGACUUCCGCUCUGCCUGCAACAGAAAGCUCUGAAAGCUCUUCGGAGACAUCCACUGAGACCCUAACAGAAAGCAGUGCUGACGCCACUCAGACACCUGCCUCAGAUGCUCCUAAGGUGCCUGUCACAGAUACCCUUAAAGCAGACCAGACAGAUGAGUCUGUUAUCUCACAGACAGCAACCACCAAUGCUGAGAAAUCCUCCAAGCCUGCCACCAACGGGCCUAUGGAGCCCACAGCCCUCCAGAACGGGGAGUGUGAGAGCCCAGUGGAGGGUAAGGAGCCUGGGGAAAGUAUCCCAGGGUUAGCCCAGGCCAAAGAGCUGGCGGAGUCCCUAGUAGCUGAAGAUGGAUCUGGUAUUGACCCCAAAAGUCGUGAAGUGGUCCUCAAUGCUUGUAAGGCAGUUGGCUCAAUCAGCAACACGUCAUUUGACAUCCGCUUCAACCCUGACAUCUUCUCUCCAGGAGUACGUUUCCCAGAAGACAGCUUGGAGGAUGUCCAAAAACAGAAGCAGCUGCUCAAAGAUGCUGCUGCCUUUUUAGUGUCUUGCCAGAUUCCCUCACUGGUGAAAGAUUGCUUGGACCACAGCGCCCUGCCUAUGGAUGGGGCUACGCUGACCGAAGCUCUGCACCAGAGGGGCAUCAAUAUCCGCUACCUGGGCACAGUUCUCGAUUUUGUUGACAAGACCCCUGCCAGAGCCCAGCUGGAUCACUUCUAUAGAAUAGGAAUCAGUGAACUGAUCACCAGAUGUGCAAAACAUAUCUUCAAGACAUAUCUGCAGGGUGUGGAGUUGUCCGCUCUUUCUGCUGCAGUCAGCCAUUACCUCAACUGCUUUUUGAGCUCUUUCCCCGACGCUGUUGCGCACCUGCCUCCCGAUGAACUGGUGUCACGGCGCAAGAACCGCAAGCGUCGCAACAGGGUCCCCGGUGGUGGUGACAACACAGCCUGGGCCAACCUGACGCCCAGUGAGCUGUGGAAGAACAUCGCCACUGAGGCUCAGAGCUACUACCAUUUCACCUUGCAAUGUGAAAGUGUGGACCAGGCGGUAGAGAAAUAUGGCCUUCAGAAGAUCACUCUUCUCAGAGAAAUCUCUAUCAAAACUGGCAUCCAGGUUCUAAUAAAGGAGUACAACUUUGAUAGCCGCCACAAACCCGCCGUUACAGAGGAGGACAUCCUUAACAUUUUCCCUGUUGUGAAGCACAUAAACCCCAAAGCUUCUGACGCCUUCCAUUUCUUCCAGAGUGGCCAGGCCAAGGUGCAGCAAGGUUUUUUGAAGGAAGGUUGUGAGCUGAUCAAUGAGGCCCUCAACCUCUUUAACAAUGUCUAUGGGGCCAUGCAUGUGGAGAUUUGUGCCUGUUUGCGCCUGCUGGCUCGCCUUAAUUAUAUCAUGGGGGACCACCCUGAGGCUCUCAGCAACCAGCAAAAGGCUGUUCUAAUGAGUGAGCGAGUGUUGGGCAUUGAGCACCCCAACACCAUUCAAGAAUAUAUGCACUUGGCUCUGUACUGCUUUGCCAAUGGCCAGCUGUCCACUGCCCUCAAAUUGCUGUACCGCGCCCGUUACCUCAUGCUGAUGGUGUGUGGGGAAGACCAUCCAGAAAUGGCGCUUCUAGAUUGUAACAUCGGCCUGGUGUUGCAUGGAGUGAUGGAGUACGAUUUAUCUUUGAGGUUCCUGGAGAACGCUUUGGCCAUCAACAUAAAAUAUCAUGGACCCCGGUCCCUCAAAGUGGCCCUCAGUCAUCAUUUGGUUGCAAGAGUCUAUGAGAGCAAGGCUGAGUUCCGUUCUGCACUGCAACAUGAAAAGGAGGGCUAUACUAUUUACAAGAACCAGGUGGGCGAGGCCCAUGAGAAGACUAAGGAGAGCUCAGAGUACCUAAAGUACCUCACCCAGCAGGCAGUGGCUCUGCAGAGAACAAUGAACGAGAUCUACAAGAAUGGCUCCAAUGCAAGCAUCAUGCCCCUAAAGUUCACUGCUCCCAGCAUGGCCAGUGUCUUGGAACAGCUCAAUAUUAUCAAUGGCAUCAUCUUCAUACCUCUCAGCCAAAAGGACCUGGAGAAUCUAAAGGCGGAGGUUCAGAGGCGGCAGCAGCUGCAGGAGUCAGGGAAGAAUGAAGAGCACACAGAGGACAGUCCACUGGAACUGGAGGACCAAAUUCCUAUCGACGAUUAAUGUCAUGAGUCCUCAAUACAGCUAUUCUCUGCUGGGGGGGGGGGAGGCUGUGAUGCAACAGCCAUCUAAUUGAGCCUGUGGACCCAAGAACUAAGCAGUCAAAGUCAACAUUGAAAUAAUUGGGAGAGAUGGGCCAGAGCAGUCAAGAGAACAUUUGUGUAAGUGUAGGUAGGGUUAAAGAUGGAAGGACACUGAAUACUGAACAGGAUUUUCCUACAUGGUGGGAAGGGAGGGAGCAAAAAUAAAUAAAAUGAAUAUAGAACCAAUAAUAAUCGUGUGCAAUCUGAAAAUCCCCGGCCCAAGAAGUUGGCAAAGAAACCGAGUGAAACUCACUCCCAUAUCUGCUGCUUACCGUAUGCUUGUGUGUGGAAGAGUGAAUGCGGCCGGGGAGGGAGACCAAGGAUGAACAUGACAUGACAUUGUAUACCAGAGCCUUAUCCACGUCACCAUUAUCCCCGAUAUUUCCUUCUGCCCACCCCUCGCUACUUCUCACAGCACUUCUUAGCCCAGGACCACACUUUGCCCCUUUACUCUUACAGUCUCCAAGACCGCAGGGCGUAGAAUUUUCACUGUGGCUGCCCCCAAACGGUGCUUCAGAUUUACACAUAAACCCUGUCUCAGAACUCAGGGGUAAUUUCUACUGCGCACUAAGACAAGACAACAAUCACUCAAUUUGAGUUGUCUUGUGGGGCUUCAGAAUGUAAAUUCCCCUCACUAGUUUCUUCAAACCUUUCCUCAUUAAUAACUAAUUAUUUUUGAGUUUCCCUAAUAGUAAAUGAAAUCUUUGCCUUUCUGUCAAUUUAUCCUAGCUGGGUGACUGCUGUGUCCUACAGUUCCUGUUUCUUCAAACAGUGACAGAUUCGUGAGCUUUUAACCAACUUCUUAGGUUGAUUUGAUUUGUUACAUUUUUUUUCCCAGUAAAUGAUUCUUUUUGUACAAGUGCACAGGAGGGGAAAGAAGCCAUUUUAGUUCUGUUAAUUAUCAGUUAAUUUAAAACAUGUCUAUUUUAUAUAAGUAUGUAAGUGGAAAAGAUGUAUAACUCUAUUGGUUUAGACAGGUACUUGAUAAAUGUCAAUGGAAAUGCAGAUUUUAAAACGUCCAGCAUUGGGUUGAGCAGUAGAUUUAUCUAUAUACUAGCUGUGUUUAAUCUUCUAUUUUUCCACUUUUGAAAGGAUACAUGCAUGUAUGUACCGUGUGUGUGUGUGUGUGUGUGUGUGUGUGUAGUCCAACAGUAAAUGUAUAUGCCAGGGGUUUGGAGUGUUAUUGCUGCUGCUUAGUUUAAGUAGUGUGGUGAUCCAUGACAUUCUAAAUGUUUUAUUUUUCUACACGUAGUAUACAUAUCGAAUGGGUGAUGUCUCUUUUCUUUAAUCACUCGUGUCCAGCAAUGUUGUAAAUCUGCUUCUGUAUCAAUUGGCUAUGAAACUGAGUUCUUAGCAAUAGACCGGAUACUAAACCAUUGCUAUAUUGUUGACUGACUUAUUACUUUCCCCGUCAUUUGGUCAUGUCAUCCCCAAGGAUGAAUCUGAAAGAAAACCAGCCAGAAGCUUUUUUUAGUGAGCAGUAUAUAAUGCACUUUCUAGUGCUGUAUAGACUUGAACAUAUAAACAGCACCACUUAAAUGGGUAAAGAAGGGCUGCUUCAGUGUAAUGUACCAAAAAAAAAAAAGACUGAUAGGUUUUGUGUUGCUUGUAUACAUGCAAUGUGUCCAUCCCCUGGCAUUUUCUUUCUGAAUCGUUUUUGUGUAUAAAUGUAUGUGAUUAAGCAAUAGAGAUGGUGCUGGAACAGAUUUUUAGAAGUACAGCUUUAACUUGGCACUCUCAGGUGGUCUGCUGUACAAGUUGCGUUUCUUAUGAAAACUCUUAUCUAAAAAGCAAGUAAAUAUAGCAACCACAGUAAUUUGUCCUCGUGAUUAUGCUCCUGGGAAAAAAAGUGCUGCGUCAAUAGCAGAGCCUGGUGUGUGAGUUGUGCCUAUUUAUACUUCAGAAUGAAACCAGAUUGGUAACUGGUGAAACAUUUGCCCUGGGUGUGGAAAUGCCUCUUGAUUUUGCUGUCCUGGAUCUCUCUCUUCAUUACUUUUUUUUUUAAAAUCAAGUGUAUGACUGUCUUUUGAGGUGCAGUACGUUUAUCCCUACUCUUAAAAUAUUUGACUUUUCUCCUGAAUGUCAAUUGAGUCUUGCACAACUGCUAUACCAAUAAUUGCCAUGGGGUGGCACACAGGAGUUUGUCUCCGUUUUUGAAGAGGUGUCGACUCCUAAAUGACAGGGAAGAUGCUGUGCUGGUGAACAAAAUUAUGCCUAUGUUUCGGAUGACCUAAUGGAAUAAAAAUGUGGGUUUUUUUUGUUUUUUCUUUGGAUGUAAUGGCCCUAAAUUCCAAAGACUGCUGUUUGUUGGACAUGUCUUGAACAGAUGGAAAUCCCAACAGAAAUAGAGUUUGUUUUGGGACUUCGAUAGGUGAUGGCAAAGAAUAAAAUCCUUGAUAGUGAUCAAACUAUAUGCCGAGAUAUAUGUUGCUCUUUUCGAUGAUUCAUAGCAUCGUCGUGCUUCUGUUUAGGUAGCGAGGCGCUCAUUUUACGUAAACUGUUCCCCUGUAGCUAUUUUCUGUUCUGUUUUGAAUGGCUUUGCCGUAUACCUCCUGAUAUGGAUGCAUGGCAAAGUGCAUUAAUGUCAUUGUGAUUUCAGAAUGAUUCUGAAAGAGUCCCAAUAAGAUAGUCUACGGUUUACUCAAAGUACGAGAAAAGUACAUGUACUGAUGUCACUUGCCCCCUUUUCGUUUGGACAAUUUAUGUAUCGUCAAUGAUGCUGACUCAGAUGUCUAAAAAAAAGCUUAUAAAUAAGUAUUCAAUUUUCAGAUUUGGAAUUCGUGCGUCUUUGAUCAAUAUUUUAAAAAUAUCAAAGUUUGGCCACCCUCCUUGAAGAAGUGGACUUUUUAAUGGUGGGGGGGGUGCAGCUAUCAUUCAGCAACUGUAGACGUUUCUACUCCCCGCUUGCUCGUUUUUGGAUAGUGGCCUCUGUGACAGUCGAUAGCGAUUACCUGAGCCGUCUGUAUCCUCACAACUAACAUUUCCUCUGCACAUCUGGGCUCAGAGGCCUAGUGUACGCUUCCCCUGUUGUGGUUUGUCUUGCUCAUUACAAAUCAAUCUAAUAUUUUUUUCGUCGGAGUAUUCUUUUGUAUUAAAAUGAAUAAAGGAAAACUAGCCAAUGGAAUUUUGUUUUGUUUUUUUUUAUCGUGUAGCUGCAAUUUCAUUUUAAGUUUGCAUAUAUGUUGUCAGGCUCUUUAAUUUCCAUACGCAAACAAACGAUGUGGUUUAAUCCUUUUAUAAGGAAAAAAAGAACAACUAGCAUUUUCAGUGAAUGGCCAAGAGGA